AUCGAGCAUCAAGCCGUGUCGGACGCCGCCUUGCACCGUUACUCUCGAUAAUACAGCCCGACUGCUCGUCUCCAAUUCCGCCUGCCGCUUUAGACACGAAUACGCUCGAACAUAGCACCCUGAUCAUUUCAUUUACCCCUCAGAAAUGCCGGGCCUUCUCGACCUCAGCCCGGAGCUUCUGUUAAGCGUAGCGUCCUUCGUUUCGCAGAUGGAUCUCCUCAAUGUCUCCCUCACGUGCAAACGCUUGCAUGAUACUACAGAGCCGGAGCUAUAUCGCGAAUACAGCAACCAUCGCGUGUACGACAGAUCUGUUGUACCAUUUCUGAAGCGACUUCUGAAUCGACCACAGCUUGCCAAGCAUGUACACCGUUUGGAUCUGAGAUGGUGGCGUACCCUCAAGUACUUGAAUCCAGCGUUUGCGUCUACCUCAUUCAUAUUUCCGUUGCGAGAUGAACCGAGCGAUAUCGACUACGGUACGUUUACGGAGGCCGCCAAAGCUGUUGGGGUGAUACGUUCCAUCCCACCAUUCUCGGAGAAGAGUCGCAUCAUGGAGAAAGUUCUCAGUCACUCCGACCAGGAUUCUCGCUUCGAUGAUUCCUGGUGCCUCGAUAUUUACGGUGCUGGUCUCGACAUCAAGGACGUCCCUUAUGAUGACAAAUUCUGUCAGCUCCUGCGCGUUGGUCUCGACGAUCCCUACGUGGUGCUUCUCAUGGCCCUACUCCCCAAUUUGCACGAGAUGUUUUUGGAAGGAUCAACCGAUGCCGAUGCGCUCCCUUGGGGCUUGCCUGUCCAUGCACUCCGCACCUUACGUAGGUUCAGCGCUAAGGCUAUCGACGGAAAUCUUUCACGGCCACUAUCAUUCUUCCACGGCCUGAUACAGUCGAAGGCAAUGGAAACCUUCGAAAUAAAUGGUGCAGGAUCUUGGCGGCCGUCGAAUGACAACGGUCACGUUCCCAGCCCUCUACGCUUGCCUGUCGAGUCACUACGCCUCACCCGAAUGGUCCUUCAAUGGUGCAAUUUCACCUAUGCAGACAUGCAAACACUACUCUCCGCAUGUUGCAUCCUCAAAAGCUUCCAUUACUCCAGGGGCGCCUCCCAUUCAGGGCCAGAUGGACUCACGACAAACGAGUUGCUGCAGCUCUUAGCUGCGCACAAGGAGACUCUCGAAGAACUCUGCUUAUACAUGUGCUCUGUCCCCGACGAAUCCCAAGGCUCCUGGGCCAUCGAUUCUCUCGCUGAUUUCCACUGCUUGAGGAGGGUUGAAACCGCGGCUGCGAUGUGGCCCCACCUAGCAGGGAAAGGAGUCGAACAAGAAUGGGAAAUAUUGACGGAUGCCGAUCGUCUCUACCAUCGCCUUCCUCCAUCCUUGAUUGAUGUUGUCUUCGUCGCGGGCUACAAGAUCCAUCGUCCUCAAAUCGAGGACCUCCUUUCUCUUCACCAGGACCGAUUCCCCGAACUGCGUUCUCUUAAAAUCGUCACUGCAGGUCCUGGUAGCUAUGGCUCGGAGCUUCGAGGCUCUGCCACAUUCAUCACUGAGCAUAUCUUGGAAUAUCAUGUCUGGCAUGGGACGAUUUUCGAGCGAAAUGAUACCAAGAAUCAGUUACUCCAACUAUGUUGGACAGGGACGAAGUACGAAUUACUGGAUAGGCAGCAGGGUGACGCUCCCCGCGUGGGAUAUCCUCCACUGCCGAUGAGAGCUCCGGACUAUGAAGAGAGUGAAUCUGCAUCUCUGGACUCUUCAUUUACCUCAUCGGAUAGAACUGGAGGUGAUCACUCUGCUGAAGACCCGGAUAUGGAGGACUUCUCCGAAGAUGGGGAGAGUCCAUCUAGUGGUGACGCUGAUGAGCAGCUGGGUGGCGGCGGCAGUGUAGACGGGUAGUCGUUAGGCGCACCAGAUCGCCUCCAAGUGAGGUGGUUGCUUCUGAAAAGAAUCUCGUACUCGAGGUUCACACUUACUCCGGUCGGCUGCCGCCUGUCAUAGCGGCGCCUAACAUCGAGCGUUACCUUUCAACGUUUGUGCACAACGAAGCCCUGCUGCAUCGAAUGGUACGGUGCUGACAGCAAAGGAAAUGCAUUUCUUAGACAAAAGCAACGUAAUCGUAGGUGUGCAGUAUCCGGAAAGCAUCUUCUAGUGUUUCUCUCUUUAUCAGUGUGCCGACAUUGCGUCCGCUCCUGCUUUGCUUGCUAUGGUUUGGGGCAAACACCAAUCUUCUUUCACUCUCACCGCUUCUACAACAAUUGCC